AUGACUGAUCUUGUGAUUAAUAUAAAAUCUAAAAAACAACUUAAGAAAGAGGCUAAGCUUAAAAAACGUCAAGAAAAAAAACAAGAACGAGACUGUAAAAAACUGUCGACUCAGUUAGCCGGGUGUUACAGUUACAAUCGGCGGUCUUUAAAUCCUUUACAAUUACAUUUUACAAGUAUGGAUGAAUAUAUGACUCAAUUAAUGCCUCAUGAUUAUAAUAAGUGGGAUAUAUUCACUCAUUCUGAUUAUUUUUUGAACUGUUUUGUUGAUAAAUCUAUCACUUAUUUAACGGGGGACUCUCCAAACAUAAUAAAUGAGUUAUGUGAAGGAGAAGUGUAUGUAAUUGGUGGUCUUAUCGAUCACAAUCAUCACAAA